GCCGUAACAACGAGUCCGUCGGGCGGCUUGGGCCGCUCUCCGCUCGUGGAUCAUGAUGAACAAGGCGGGGAAGAAGGAUACCCGCAACAGUAAAACUCCUCCCGAUAGGAAAAGAGCUAAAGCUUUCGAGCAGCCUUCCUCACCGGUUCCAGAAGAGCCAGAGCCUGUGAGCUGCGUCCUGCAAGGAGAUGAAAUCCAAGCUCUAGCAAUCAAGUUGGAAGACCUUAAAAAACUCCAUGCUGAACGACCUGCUGAAGAAGAAGAGAAACCUUCCGUAACCAAGACAUUCCUUGUUCGUAAAUCCAAGCCCCAAACAACUGGGAAGAAAAGAUAUUUCCUGGUUGCUUAUCCAGCCGGCACAGAUGAAACCGGGAAAACACUGCGUUAUUCUGGUAUAGAAGGACCGGUAGUUGAUAACAAUGGACACAUCCUGUCCCACAGCAUCUUAGGAACUCUCCAGGAAUUCAAGAAAGAAGCCUUAGCAAGAGGACACACUUAUGUCGCAGCAAUGAUUCCUGACUCACAACCAUCAUCUAGCACAGUGCCGGCUUGGUGGAGGCACAGAGAAAAACAUGAGGAAAAAGAGAAAACCACUCCAGCCCCUUCAUCACAGCACAUGGCGCUUCAGAACUGGCGUCGGAACAUGGCACUGAGGAAGAAGCAGCAGGAAAGGCUAUGUGAAAAACUUCAAAAAUCAGAAAGUGAACUGCUGAUGAACUUUUCAGAGAAUUACAGGCAAAUCCAGGAGGAGCGUACUUUAAUCGACCGCUGUCUCCCUGCUCUUUACCCUGGAAAGGGCCAGCAUGCAGGGAAUGAAUUCUGGAGCCAGCCUGUGUGGAUUGGUGAUGAACUCACGGGUCUGAUGGUGACACUAGGCCGGAGUGAACGUGGCUUACCAGAACCAGUGACUCACAUUGGGAAACCACGCAGCAUCUGGAAGGAGAUGGGUACCAGACCUCCAAAACUCCUUCCUUUCCAUCGCACUUGGGACAAGAGCCUCUUUCUAAUGAAGCGGCGAAAGGAGUUAAAAGAGAUCUUAGAAGAGCUGGAUUUUUAUCACCCGGACCUGGAUGGCCUGGAAAUUGUAAGUAGAAAUCAACCUUUCAUCAAUGUAUCAGCACAGAGUUUUGCAGCCUCUGAUGACAUUAAAGAAUCUGAGGAACAAAGAGAAACCCAGGAUCUAUUAGAGGCAUAUCCAGAUGUAUUUCUAGAGCCAGUGUUGGGUCCAUCUCUGAUGUUCUGUGGACAACCAGCUCGCUGGAUCGACAACUGUUCUUUUGAGGGUGAAAUCGGCAUUGCUGCACGGGUCACCUUUGAAAUUUUGGUAGGUGAGAAAGCUGAAUCAUGGCUCACAGUGAGCAAUGAUGGCACAGCGGCCAUCUGGUAUGACUGGCGGAGGCAGUCUCCACCUUUAACCUUUCAGGAGAAGAAGGAGAAAAGGAUGCCAUAUUUUUACUUUAACACCAGAUCAGGUGUUAUCUUGCCUGGACAAACCAGAAAUUUUUCCUUCAUCUUCAAAUCACUGAAUGCUGGAAUUUUCAGAGAAUCUUGGGAGUUUGGCACUCAUCCUGUGUUAUUAGGGGGGGCUGUGUUACAGGUGGCCCUCUGGGGAAUUGCUGUGUACGAAGAUAAAACUUCAGGGCUUAGGGAGAAGCUAAAGAAAGAUAUAGAAGCCCGGGAAAUUGCUGUUAUAGUGGAGGAGAAUCUGAAAGAGCUGCUUGAUCGAAUUCGUACACCCCCACAAACACCAUCUCCUAUGGAUAUGUAUGUCUCGGAGGAAGAGUUAUUCCAUAGAAUGAACCCAGAGUUACACUAUCAGCACCAAGUGGUGAAGGGGCUUCGUGAGCUGUGGAACAAACUCAUGAAUCCUCCUCAAGAUACAUCUGAAGUGGGCUCACAAAGGAAGAGCCCUGGUCAUAUGGAUGAGCUCUCCCCACCAAAGAGUGCUGUGGAGUUGCAACAGAAAAGUCCUGGGGAAGACACAAGGAAGAGUAUCUCCUCAGACAUUUCAGGAGCACGGAAAUCCGGGGAGGACCUCAUGAGCCACUUGAGUGUAACCGAUGAGGACUACAUGAUCCGUAACGAGUGGAAUCUUUCUAUCGCAGGUUUUAGACAGAUUUUGCUGGCAGUCCCUGUGGAAGAAGAACGAGAAGCUGCUCUGGCCCAGCUCAAUAAAGCUGAACUGGAGCUUUGUAAUGUACAGAUAUCACCCCAAACAGACCUCAUGUACCAGAUAUGUUUCCAGUUGUGGCGUGAAGUAAUUGAUGGUCUAGUAAGCUGUUCGCUAAUGCUCAGGUCCCUGCUUGGUAUGCCCGAGAAGGACACUUAUGCAGACCUUGUCCCAGAGGAACCAGUUGAAAUAAAACCAGUUUCUGUAAAGGGAGGAAAAGAAGACCGGAGACUUCAGAAAGAAGACAAAAAGUCUGCUGGGAAGGAUGAAAAAAAAGGAGGGAAGGCAGGCAAAGAGGAACGUCCGAACAGCAAGAAACUGAAGUCAAAGGAAGAAAAAAAACAGAAAAUUUCCACCAAGGAGACAAGGGAUCAGAUCUCUUUUAUCUUAGAUAAAGUAGAAUUAGAUGCUAUCCAUUCUCGACAUGAACAAGUGGACCCAGUUGUGCAGGAAAAAUACCAUGAGAAACUUUAUGCUGAGGUCUACGGAUUGCUGAAUUCAAUGUUAAACAGAAUGCUUUUUCUUUUUGAGGAGCUAGAGAAGGAUGCCCUAGAGAAGAAGAAGAAGAAGAAAGCACUUUUUGGUUCCGAUUUCAUAAUGAAAUAA